AUGGCGGCGCCCCCGCCACAGGCCGCCCUCAAGACCGGAAGUGAAGCCGGGGGCGCCGGAAGUGAGGCCGCGGAACCCACGAGGACCCGGAAGUCGGCGCGAGGACGGAGCGGGCGCGCGUGUGCGCGCAGGCAGAGUGUCUCACGCAUGCGCCUUCGGCCGGCUGGCGCCUGGUCCCCCGCCCGUUGGGCUGGGCCCGCCGUCAUGGCGGCCGCGCUGCUGCAGCUGCUGGCGUCGUCGUCGUCGUCGCCGCUCCGCCGCGGCCUGAGGCGACGGUGGCUCCCGGGCUGGAGCCGGGGGCCCGGACCGCUGCCCUGCGACCACAGCCGGACCAGCGAGGCAGUCCUAAAGAGAUUACUGUCGAGAACCCUAUCCCCUACCUUUCACGGAAUCAGUGGAUUAUUACUUCAGCAGCAUUUAAUUAGAAAUCCAGUCAGCCUCUGGAAACUCUUAGGUGGUACUUACUAUUUUAGUACCUCCAGAAGGCAGCAAAAGAAUAAGGGGAAUGAAGAAGCCAAAGGGAAAGCACCAGAAGAUGACGAAGAGGAAAAAAAGCGGAAAGAGCGAGAAGAUCAGAUAUAUCGGGAGCGGCUGCGGACCUUGUUUGUCAUUGCUGUUGUCAUGAGCCUACUGAACUCCCUCAGCACUAGUGGGGGCAACAUUUCCUGGAGCGACUUUGUGAAUGAGAUGUUGGCAAAGGGGGAGGUCCAGAGGGUCCAGGUGGUUCCCGAGAGCGAUGUGGUGGAAAUCUAUCUGCACCCAGGAGCUGUCGUAUUUGGACGACCUCGGCUUGCCCUGAUGUACCGAAUGCAGGUGGCAAACAUUGACAAGUUUGAGGAGAAGCUGCGAGCUGCUGAAGACGAACUGAACAUCGAAGGGAAAGACAGGAUCCCCGUCUCCUACAAGCGCACAGGCUUCUUUGGAAAUGCACUUUAUGCCUUGGGAAUGACGACUGUGGGUGUGGCCAUACUGUGGUACAUAUUCCGCCUUGCUGGGAUGUCAGGAAGGGAAGGCGGAUUCAGUGCCUUUAACCAGCUGAAAAUGGCACGCUUUACAAUUGUGGAUGGAAAGUCUGGGAAAGGAAUCAGCUUCAAAGAUGUAGCUGGAAUGCACGAGGCCAAGUUGGAAGUUAAAGAAUUUGUGGAUUAUCUGAAGAGCCCAGAGCGCUUCCUCCAGCUUGGUGCCAAGGUCCCAAAGGGCGCUUUGUUGCUUGGCCCUCCAGGAUGCGGAAAGACGUUGUUGGCUAAAGCAGUAGCUACAGAAGCCCAAGUGCCUUUCCUGGCGAUGGCAGGCUCAGAGUUUGUGGAAGUUAUAGGAGGCCUCGGAGCUGCUCGGGUGCGCAGCCUCUUCAAAGAAGCCCGGAACCGGGCCCCCUGUAUCGUGUACAUUGAUGAAAUCGAUGCCGUGGGCAAGAAACGCUCUACCUCCAUGUCCGGCUUCUCCAAUACUGAGGAAGAACAGACGCUGAAUCAGCUCUUGGUUGAAAUGGAUGGAAUGGGAACCACGGAUCAUGUCAUCGUGCUGGCGUCCACCAAUCGAGCUGACAUUCUGGAUAAUGCCCUGAUGAGGCCGGGAAGGCUGGACAGGCACAUUUUCAUUGAUCUCCCCACGCUUCAGGAGAGGAGGGAGAUAUUUGAACAGCACCUGAAGAGUCUGAAGUUGACGCAGACCGGCACUUUUUAUUCCCAGCGCCUAGCGGAGCUCACUCCCGGGUUUAGUGGAGCCGACAUUGCAAACAUAUGUAAUGAAGCCGCACUGCACGCUGCGAGAGAGGGAUACAAAUCCAUCGAUACGUUCAGCUUUGAAUACGCUGUGGAGCGAGUAAUUGCAGGUACUGCCAAAAAGAGCAAGAUUCUCUCCAAGGAAGAGCAGAGGAUUGUGGCAUUUCACGAGUCAGGGCAUGCUUUGGUUGGCUGGCUGCUGGAACACACAGAGGCGGUGAUGAAGGUGUCCAUCGCUCCCCGGACAAACGCGGCCCUGGGUUUUGCUCAGAUUCUUCCGAAGGACCAGUAUCUCUUUACAAAGGAGCAGCUCUUCGAAAGGAUGUGCAUGGCACUGGGAGGCCAAGUGUCUGAAGCCCUCUCCUUUAACAAGGUGACUUCAGGGGCACAGGAUGACUUGCGAAAAGUCACUAAGAUAGCCUAUGCCAUGGUGAAGCAGUAUGGGAUGGUACCCACCGUCGGGCCUGUUUCCUUCCCGGAACUGGAGAGCACCCCAGGAAUUGGACGGCGCCCUUUCAGCCAAGGGCUUCAGCAGAUGAUGGACCAUGAAGCCAAACUGCUGGUCGCCAAGGCCUACCGGCGCACUGAGAAAGUGCUUCAGGACAACGUAGACAAGUUACACGCGUUGGCGAAUGCCUUAUUGGAGAAGGAAGUGAUAAACUACGAGGAUAUUGAGACCCUGAUCGGGCCCCCUCCUCACGGACCUAAAAAGCUGAUCUCCCCUCAGAAGUGGAUCGAUGCCGAGAGAGAGAAGCAGGACCCGGGGGAAGAGGAAGCCCCCCAGCGAGGCCGGCCCAGGGAGGAGGAAUGAGAGGAGGAGGAGGAGGAGGAGGAGGAAGAGCGUUCUGACCUCUCCUGGGAGGGAAGGAGGGUUUGGGACUUUCUCCAGACACCAGUAAAUUAAUUUCCUUUUC